AUGCCGGACAUCUCAGCAUGGUGCCAAAAUCCCAGGGCCGGCUGCCGUGAGUGCCCUUCCCGGCCGUGGCACACACCGCUCACCGAGGCCGGGCUGCGGGAGAGCAGAGCAUUUCCCAGGCCCACGGCAACGGCAGAUGUCUCACAAGAUCAGUCGGCCGAGGAGACCGGCCAGAGCUGCCAAGUGUGCCAGCUCCAUCAGGCCCCUGUGACAGGCAGCAUCCCGCUCCGAGCCCCGGGGCCGGGGCUGGCCCCGAGCGGGCAGCGGGAGCGGGCAGCGCGGCGCCAGGCUCGCCGCCUCUCCCCGGCGGGGCAGGCAGAGCCCUGCCUCUGCAGAGUUGCUCAGCAGGGAGAUAGCGGCCGCAGGGGCACGUCGCCGCGGAAGAAGCUGCGUGCCUGCCCAGCGCACCCGCGCGGGGACGAGCCCACGCUGCAGGGCCGCCGCUUGGAGCACGACGCCCAGACCUGUGUCCGGGGGUGCCUGCGACCCCCCAGCUGCAGGGUGGAGGAGGGAGUUUGCGGCCGCCCCCUCCCCGCUGCAGCCCCUGGGGCUGGUGCCAAGCCACCUGCAUCAGCCCUCGCGCACCGGCUGCGCUUCUGCUCGCGGUGCGCGUCCGCAGCAGAGCCCGGCAGCAGGCUGCGCUCCGUCACGGCCCCGGGAAGGACCGGGCUGCAGCGGGCUGGGCUGCGUGCCGGCGCCGUGUCCUCACUCUCUCCUCCCUUCUCCCUGCCAGGUUUGCACGUCUUCGCCAUCGCCUUCGCCUUGGAGGUGUCGGUGGGGAAGACCAACACUGUGAUGGCUCUGAAUAACUCCGACGUCCUGCUGCCCUGCACCUUCACCACCUGCAUAGGCUUUCAGGACCUGGUCUUCACGUGGUAUUUCAACUCGACAGAGAUGAUUUACCACGGCAAGAUAAAGAGCAAAGCCUCGGAGCCCGUCCUCGUGGGACGCAACCCACGGGUCGAGUUCGUCGGCUCGACGACCGGGAAGGACAACAACAUCUCCAUCGUCCUGAAGAACGUGGAGUUCAGCGAUGCUGGGAAAUACACCUGCCACGUCAAGAACGCCAAGGAGAAGCACGCGCAGCACAACGCCACCAUCUUCCUCACGGUGGUCCAGAAGAUGGUGGAGACAGACAACACUGUGACGCUCAUCAUCGUGGGCGUUGUAGGGGGGCUUAUCGGCCUCCUCAUCCUCUUCAUGCUCAUCAAGAGGGUUGUCCUGUUCAUCAUCAAGAAGACCCAGGAUGGGAAGUGA